GGAAUACUUUGGUCCCAUCCCAGUCUCCACUUUUAAUGCGCGCUCCUACACAACUCCGGGUGAUGCAGACAUAACUGGGAAUCUAGACCGACUGGUCGGGAAGACACACGAGCACCACAUAUUUGGACUGUAAUAUCAAUAAACCGUGGAAGAUUGAGGAAAAUUGAAGAAAAACUUGGAAUCUAAUCUAAAUAUUUGUCCGUCUUUUUUCCAGGGGGAGUGAGUUACGAGGACAGCUCUAGGAGGACAUCAAACAGACAGACUAGACCAUCAGCCUUCCACCUCCCAGCACCAUGCUGCUCAGAGCACCACUCACUGCUGUCUGGCUGGCCCUUCUACUCAGCUGCAGUAGUGAAGCCAAACCAAAUGGAUCCAAGAACAAGAAACCAAAACAAGUGAUUCCAGCCAUAGAGUGUGACGUCCGGGCUGGCAAGAUCAACCUCCCAGAAUUCAUAGUUAAAUGCCCGUCUGACUGUAAACAGACAAAAAGUCAGGUUUAUGGGACAGGAGUCUUCGCUUCCAUCUCCAGCAUCUGUAACGCUGCCAUACACAGCGGUGUCAUCACUAACUCAGGAGGUAAGGUGAUUGUAAGGAAGAUGGCUGGACAGAACAUCUAUAGAGGCUCCAACUCCCAGGGGCUCCGAUCUCUGUCUCUGCCCAAGUGGAGAGAGUCCUUCGUUGUCUCAGUCGGCAAGCCUAAGAAAGGAGUAAUCUACCCGUCUACCCUGGACUACAUUCCCUCCAGACCUACCUACAGCAAAACAGGUCAGAAAGCGACCAAAGCCCCUGUGGUCACUACCGUAAUGCCGGCUACAACACCAGAACCCACCAGGACUACCACACCUCCACCCACUACGGCCACCACCACACCUCCUCCCACUACCACCACAACCCUUCCACCCACCACUACUACAACAGCCAAGCCCCGCGCUGCUGUCCACAAAGCCAGGGAUGCAGACAGCAGUCAUCCGUAUUUUGCAUCUGUAGCAGCAGCCUCCAGUGCAAGGCAGUCACAGAAUGGCCAAGGAAAGGCUACAGCCCAAGCAUUCAGAGGCGGUACCUACACCAGUAGGUUUCCAUCACGAGCCAAAGCAGGUUUAAGGAGACCAGAGGCUGCUGGGUCUCCUACCAUCAGGAGACAACCAGCCCCCGGCCACCACUCCGGGACAGCUUUUAACCGAGUUGUACAGAUGGUCCCAGCAGAGAGGAACCAGCAGCAGCAACAGAACAACCCCACUUUGGCUCGUAGGGAUAGGCCGCCCCCUUCCUUCGCACGACCUGAUUGGUACCCUGGAGCGAGACGGCCAACAGACGUAAGUCAAGCAGCUCCAGAUUCAGGCUACACAUGGAGCGAGGCGGAGACAGCGCCAGAGAUGACAGCCCGCGACCCCAGGCCUGAUAUCUCCGAGUAUGAACGCUGGUAUUAUAACUUUGGAGAAUACCCACCCCAGUCAGCAGACCCCGAGCCACAAGACACAACUCACACUAGAGUGGAACCAGUGGACUCCUGGAAACCAGAAGUGAACCCUUUUGAUUCAGGUUUCAGUGUGAGAGAGCAGGACUCACUACCCCGUGCUGACCCAGAGCCUGUUACUCAGGGAGACCCAAACUGUAAAGUAGACAUAGCAUGGCUGAUGGACGGUAGCUGGAGUAUUGGGAAGCGUCGCUUUAAGAUCCAGAAGGACUUCCUGGCUGAGGUGGCACAGGUCAUCAACGUGGGUGUGGCCGGACCCAUGAUGGGUGUCAUCCAAUACGGAGAUGAUCCAGUUACAGAGUUCAGUCUGAAGGCCUAUACGAACUCCAGAGAGCUGAAACCUGCCGUAGACAAGAUCACACAGAAGGGAGGAAUGUCCAACGUGGGGAAGGCCCUCUCCUAUAUCAACAAACAUUACUUCAGCGACGCUAACGGUAACCGGGGCGGAGCGCCCAACGUGGCUGUGGUUCUGGUAGAUGGCUGGCCCACCGACAAGGUAGAGGAGGCAUCACGCCAGGCCAGAGAGUCUGGCAUCAACAUCUUCUUUGUGACCAUCGAGGGACCCGAUGAGUACGAGAAGCAGAAUGUGGUAGAGCCGAACUUUGUGGACAAGGCGGUGUGUCGAACCAACGGUUUCUACUCCCUACCCGUGUCGAGCUGGUUCGCCCUGCGGAAGGCAGUCCAACCCCUUGUCAAGCGAGUGUGUGACACCGACCGUCUCGUCUGCAGCAAGACCUGCCUUAACGCUAAUGACAUCGCCUUCGUCAUCGACGGAUCCAGCUCUGUGGGCACCGGGAACUUCCGGACCGUCUUGCAGUUCGUUGCUAACAUCACACGGGAGUUUGAGAUAUCGGACACGGACACACGAGUCGGCGCAGUCCAGUAUACGUACGAACAACGGCUGGAGUUUGCCUUCGGGCAACACAACAACAAGGCUGAUCUGCUUAAUGCCAUAAAGAGGAUUAAUUACUGGAGUGGCGGGACCAGUACUGGAGCGGCUAUCACCUACGCAGCAGAGCAGCUGUUCAGCAAGUCCAAACCCAACAAACGCAAGAUCAUGAUCGUUAUCACUGACGGGAGGAGCUACGAUGAUGUCAGAGCUCCAGCGUUGGCCGUCCAUCGCCAAGGUGUGAUAGCGUACUCCAUCGGCAUUGCCUGGGCAGCGCAGGACGAGCUGGAAUACAUCGCCACCGACCCCGACAAGGAGCACUCCUACUUCGUAGAUGAGUUUGACAGCCUCUACAAAUUCGUCCCCAAGGUGGUCAACAACAUCUGUCAGGAGUUCAACUCACAGCCACGCAACUGAGCUGAGCAGGGAGGGCACCUUAUUCCCUAUAUAGUGCACUACUUUUGAACAGGGCCCCUAGGGCCAUAGGCCCACCUUGCUUACGUACACCUAUACUUAUAAAUCUGUGCUUACAUAAAUGAAACAAGGAAGGAAGGAUACAUUUGUAAAGUUUUGAAACAGGGGCUUAGGGGCUGUAGGGAGGGGGUUAGAUAUUUUAUUAGGAUCCCCAUAAGCUAAUUAGAAGGUCCAUAUAGUCCUGCACUAUCAUGGAGACAGGACAGGGUCUCUACAAAAUGUAUUACCGGGAAGUUACCAAAUGAAAAAUAUGUUGUAAUAGUUGGUGCUAAAUUGGCAAUAGUUUAAUUCCCAUGGGAGGUUAUUGGUUUGAAGCAGAAGGCAGUGGGUAUACGAACAUUAAUAAAAUUGGAUCACAACGAUUAAAUUUGGCCAUGUGAUCUCAACUGUUGUUGUUGUAGUAACAGUCAGGGGGGGGGGGUUGUUCUCACUCCUAAUCAUGUAACAUAACUGAUCAAAAAGUAAAACUACCUGGACGUGGUACUUACCAGGGUUGAGGUCAAUUCAAAUCUAAAGCCGUCAAUUCAGGAAGUAAACUGAAAUUCCAAUGUAAUAAUUUUUUUUUUUAAGUGAUUUUAUUUUCAACUUCUUAAUGAACUGAAAAAGGAUCAACUAUUAAUUGGUAAAGUUUAACUUUUAAAAUGUUUUUAUUUUUUAUGUUAAAUUCAAAUCACUUCCUGAAUCGGCUGACUUAAAUUUGAAUUGAGCCCAACCCUCAUGCUAACAGGAAAAACCAUAAAGCAUGCCUAGACUACUACUUCUGGCUUAACACACCACACAAUCUGGUGCUUACAGAGAAACAUGGCCUUAUGGGACAUGGUGCUUACAGAGAAACAUAGCCUUAUGGGACAUGGUGCUUAUAGAGAAACAUAGCCUUAUGGGACAUGGUGCUUAUAGAGAAACAUAGCCUUAUGGGACAUGGUGCUUACAGAGAAACAUAGCCUUAUGGGGACAUGGUGCUUAUAGAGAAACAUAGCCUUAUGGGACAUGGUGCUUACAGAGAAACAUAGCCUUAUGGGGACAUGGUGCUUAUAGAGAAACAUAGCCUUAUGGGACAUGGUGUUUAUAGAGAAACAUAGCCUUAUGGGGACAUGGUGCUUAUAGAGAAACAUAGCCUUAUGGAACAUGGUGUUUAUAGAGAAACAUAGCCUUAUGGGGACAUGGUGCUUAGCACUUCCUCUUAUGGCCUAAUAACACAGUGCAGAAAUACAAUAUGGUGCUUUACAGUAGGGGAGAUUGGAAAAGGAAUAAGACUGCAAUUAUCUAUGAAGAAGACCGAUGGCAUCAGACCACAUUAUGGGAAUACCGCCAUAUCAUGGUCUUCUCAUAAGAAUUUAACCAUGUGUUUUUAUACUGUGUGGUCUUUCAUAGAGGAGAGAUUUGAUCUUAAGAACAUUGUGCAAGUUUUUUUUCCAAAAAAACAGUGUUGUGCCAAGAUUGACAAUUCAUGUUGGUUGUUCUUUUGUUGGCUUUUGUAGUCAGAGUCUGAAUGGAUGUUAUUGAUGCAUGCUGACAUAACUGUGUGUGAAAGCCAUAACACUUUUUUUUUAAACUGAAGGGGCCAUACUUCUGACUUAGCAUGUUAGCGGCUAACAAGCGCGGGUAUAAACAUGAAGGGGCCAUACUUCUGACUUAGCAUGUUAAUGGCUAACAAGCACAGGUUUAAACCUGAAGGACCCAUACUUCUGACUUAGCAUGUUAGUGGCUAACAAGCACAGGUUUAAACCUGAAGGUAACAUCUUUAGCAGCUUUUCGCAUUUCCAAUUAGAAAACAUGUCUUACUUGGUAACUCUGACUCCGAACAACUGUCUUUUAAUCAAAACAAAUGAACAGUUCACUCUUUAUUUAUGGCAAAUUAACACAUGGUCAAAUUAACACAUGGUCAAAUUAACCCAUGGUCAAAGUAACCCAUGGUCAAAGUAACACAUGGUCAAAUUAAAGAAUCGCUUCAAGAGGGAGCUGUAGUUUUCCGCCAGCUCUGAUACUGUACCUAUAAAUAGAUCAAACUUUAAUACUUUUAACCUUAGUGUUCCUCAAACUAAACCAGGGUCGUAUUCAUUAUCACACAUCGUAGCAAAAAGACAUUUAACAAGGGAAAAAUGAAAAUUAGUUUCUUAUUGGACGGAUUCAAGUAGUCCCUCCCUGUUUCAGUCCAUUUUCAUCCAUUGGGUGACUAAUGAACACAACCCAGUCCUUCUCCUCCCUCUAUUCUUCCAAUAUAAUGUGCUUCCUUCUUGUUCACAUGGCUGAUAUUGGUUUGUUCAGAGUAUUUAUAUACUCUCCCUGUUUUUAUUUUUUUAUCCUGUUUGUACAUAUGCAUAUUAAAAAAGCCUUUUGCUUAUCAUUUUCAAAUACAUAUUUGAUCAAUAUUUUAAUGCGAUUUUUAAUAAAAUUAUAAUAAAAUAUA